UCCGCCGGGUGUGGCAAGGUGCUUCCGCCAAACUGCGUAAAAGGGCUCGUGGAUUUGUUUCCAGGGACAGACUUAAAUCGCUUUUGCCAUAAACAUAGAUUGUUCAACGUACGCUUCUGUUUUCCCGCGCUCUGCGUUUCUUUGGCGGGAGUUAGCGUCCCCCUCCAGACCGGCGCUGGGAAGGCAGUGAGUCGCCGCCGGGAGCUGACACGGGCCGACAGCAUCCACGCAUCCCUGGAGCAGCUCUUUCGCGCGCAAACGAGCUUGUACGGGUCCGUCAUGUCGACAUAGUAUUUAUCGUCACGCGCACGGGCAACACACCGACAACUGUCAUAAGUAUAUUGUCGGAGUGUCGUGUAUUCACAGAGACUUCGUGCCACGCGGGAACGGCCGCCGCGUCACUCGUCGGUAAGGGACCUCCACGAGCAACGGAAUCGGUGCCGCCACUGGAAGGGGCCGCGUAGUGCCGGGAUUGAUAUCCGAAAACGGAAACGGCCAGGAGUGCGGCAGCACCGAGUACCUCGUGCCAGUCGUCUUCUGCAGUGACUCAGAAUGCUUCCGCUCUUCCUCCUCUUGACGGCGACGUCUGCGCUCAGCUGCGAGCCGGGGCCCGUGCGGAACCUGACCGUGGCCCGGGCGAGGUCCUCGGAGGUCCUGCUGGCGUGGUCUCCCCCGGACUGCGCGCGGGGGGUACCGGGUCUGCUCGGCGGCCGGGGACUCCCGCCAGUGCAGCUCCGUGCUCACGCCCGACCUCACCGGGUACUCGCUGGCCGGCCUCCGGUACUGCACGGGGUACAACAUCAGCGUGGAGACCCUGGGAGACGGCGACAGCGCGUCGUCGCCCGUCCACGUGGCCGCCAGCACCGCGCCGAACCCGGUGAGCGGGCUGGGGACGCUGCGCAGGGACGACGCCACCCUCGUCGUGCUGUGGAACUACGUGUUCCCGGCGGGGAGCAGCUGCGCCGUGCAGUUCCUGGUGGCGCUGUGCGACGAGCAGGCGGCCAACUGCAGCGACACGCGGGUACCCGUGAGCGGGUCGCACUACUCGCUGUCCCUGCCGCACCGGCGCCAGUGUCGCCGAUACCUGCUGCGGCUCGCAGUCCUGGACGAGCGACAGCAGCUGUCCGACAACACGACGCUCGUCGGGGAUCCGGCCGUCAUGGGUGCCCCGGAAAACCUGACGGUUGCCAACCUCACCUCCAGCUCCUUCGACCUGGAGUGGGCGAUACCACAGUCACAAGUCGGCUGCGAUUACGUGAUAUACGUGGACUCCCGGUACUGGUUUGGUAUCGGCAGUUAUGGCGCUACUACUGUCUACGACGGGGGCAGAACUAGACAUAGUGUGACGAACGUCACUUCCUGCACGGCGUGCAAUGUCAGCGUCAGCUUCAGGGCAGGAGUGAAUAGCCAAAUGGAUGUGUCAACAAUUGUGUACACUUUGCCAGAAGGAAGCAAAGUGUUCGACAACACGACGGUCCGGGACGAGACCUCGUCGGCUGUGAUAGUGGCGUGGAGCACGCUGCAGAACGACGAGUGCAUCGGCGCCUAUCAUGUGUGCUGGGGGCGGAGCACCGCUGCAGAGGAGUGCCGGAACUCCACGGAGCGGAGCAGCUUCCUGAUAACCGGGCUCAGAUCCAGUACCCAGUACCAGGUGACCGUGUCCGCGCUGCUCCGAGACGGCGCUGUGUUCGACAACUUCACAGUCCUCGCCUCGACCAAGUCAGGAGCUGCUGCACUUCGUCAUGGUUCCCUGGUCAGCAUUGCGACAGUAACAAUGUGCCUGUUGAGUCUUUCCAUUUAAUCCUUAAUACAUAACAGAUGGUCGGGUGACAUUUAAUAUACUACUAUGCCGAGUUGUUUUUUGUGAUUUGUGAUAAUUUUGUAAAUAAACUCUUUGAAUAAAUUCAUAAUUUUUA